GCACACGAAGUUUGUAAACAUGCUUCUGACUCACCCUGUAUCAGUGAUCACACAAACUGUUUGUGCUGUAAUCUGUUACCAAACAAAAUGCAUUUAGUUUUGUAGCCACGGUAACAUCAGAAGAGAGUGUUGAUAUCUGCAGACAAAGACUGUAGAGAUUCUGUUGGAAACUUGAAAUGCAGCUCGUCUAAGGAAAAGUGUACAAACAAGUGUGAGUUUUGUGGGAAAGUUUUAAUAAAAAGUAAACUACUGAUUCAUCGGAGGAUGCAUACUGGGGAGAAGCCUUUCAGGUGUUUGGUUUGUGGUGAAGCAUUUAACUGUAAUGGGAAACUGACUUCUCACAUGAUUAUUCAUAACAAAGAACGUCCUCAUGAAUGUGAGGUGUGUGGGCGCAAGUUUAAACGGUCUAGUGAAUUGAGGGAUCAUAGAAAGAUACACACAGGAGAGAAGGACCAUGCGUGUGAUAUCUGUGGCUCGACCUUUAUUCAGAAGUCAAAUUUGGUGAAUCAUCGCAAGAGGCAUCUCAAUGAUUACAAGUUCUACUGUGUUACUUGCAGUAAAGGGUUCUAUACCAGUACGGAGUUGCAGGAACACCAGAAUAUUCACACAGGUGUACAACUGAAGCAAUCAGUCAAGUUCAUGAAAAAUCUGUGGAGUGUGGAGCAGCAUUUGUUUUACAUGGACAUCUCCCAUACAGUAAGAGGUUUAGGAAAACAUUACAGUAUGAAGGCCAUGUUAAACACUGUGACUGGCAGGAUGACUACAAGUGUGAUCUGUGUGGCAAAACUUUUGCAUCGAAGAAACUGUUGUCACGUCACAUGGUUAUUCACAGCGAGGAACGACCACAUACGUGUGAUGUGUGCGGGAAGAAGUUUAAGAGGCAGUAUGAAGUGACAUUACACAAAAAGAUUCACACUGAGGCUAGAAAUCAUGUAUGUGAUAUUUGUAACUAUGCUACCACUCAAAGGGCAUACCUUGAGAUUCACCAUAAGAGGCACCUGCGGCAGUUCAAGGUGAUGUGUGGU